AUGGCGACACAGGGCGUGUACGAGGGUUUGCUGAAGUUCUCCUUGCGUCUGUACAAGCAGACCGCUUGUAAAGACGCCCAGGUCGAUAACAUCGUAUGCUCACCGCUAGUGAUCGCAGCCGGUAUCUGCACGCUGCUCGUCGGUGCCCAAAACACCACUGCCAAGGAACUGCACAGCGUACUUCAAGUCAAGGCAAGUAUCGACAGAUUGCGUGAUUAUUUUACCGAACACAUCACCGACCUGACCACGUACGCUCCCUACGCCUCCAUGCGCGUGACAAGCCGCACGUACAGUGAGCAGGAGCUUCCGCUGAACGCCAACUACGCCCCACGCGUUAAAAGUUUUUUCGAGACGACCGUCAAAUCCGUCGACUUCAGGCACAGCCACGAGGCGGCACGGCAAGAAGUGAACGCUUGGGUUUCGCAGCAAACGGCCUCCAAGAUUCGCGACCUAAUACCUCCGGGAAUUGUCAAUGCCGGCACUUCGUCGAUACUGCUCAGUGCCGUCUGUGUGCAGGGUUUCUGGCGGUCUCCCUUCCAGUGGAGAAAUACCAGACCUCAAGAGUUUCACGUUGACUCCAAGAACAGCGUCAUGGUAAACAUGCUCUACCAGGACGGGAGCUACAAGAUGGCUCAUUCGGAAGUUCUGAGGGUGAGGGCUCUGGAGAUACCGUGCAAAGGUGAUAAAGUGUCCAUGGUCAUUGUACUCCCAGACGCCCAGGAUGGCCUCGCUCUUCUGCAGGAGAGACUAACUCCGACCAGGCUCUGCCGUCUUCUCUCAAACCUCCGCCUGGUUAUGAACGUGGAGCUGAGCCUUCCUAAGUUUACAAUAAACAGUAGCAUUGCGCUGAAGGAUAUGCUCUGUGCGUUAGGUGCAAAGGAGUUGUUCAGUCCUUUCUGCGCUGACCUGUCCGGUAUGUUCGAGUCUGACCGCCCGCCGCUCGCCGAUGUGAUACACCGAACUUUCUUGCAGGUCGACGAGGGAGGCAUGGACGCGGCGCUCUGGUGCGCCAUGACGACUUCGGCGGGUUGCGCGUCGUUGCCUUUUUACACCAAACGCUUCAUUGUCGACCAUCCGUUCAUGUUCCUUAUCAAGGCCAAUGAACCGGACGUGGUACUUUGCUUAGGUUCUGUGCGGAAACCGCGAACAUAA